AACUCGCAAUCUGUCAAACCUCCGCGAUUCUCGCGUUUUCAUCCCCCCACUUUGUUCGCUCGUCUAGUUUUUUUUUUACCUUUUGCUAAACCCCGUCGUCGUGUGGAGAAGAAAAAGAGUGCUCCGUCAACGCGUUUUGUGCAUCAGCAAAGCAAGGCUGAGAAAAGGCCAAAACUUUCACGGGCUCACAGCAGAAAAUCGCCGUCACAGGAAGUGUCCAUUUUCGGUCGGUGGUGGUGGAAAAAGUGGUUCGAACAGUGCGUGGAAAAUGGAGUGGACUUUUGCAAACGUUUAGGCAGAAGCAGAAGAAGCAGCAUAACCUUCCGUCGACGACGGAUCUGUCAAAAGCAGCAGGAGUAGGAGGAGGAGAAGCGGAACUUUUUUUUACGGAAGGCACCGAUGCGAAGGAGGAAAGGCGGUGAAGGAUGAGUGCUGAGGAGUUUAUUUAUAGCGUGAUCAACAGUGAUAACGUAGCCCAGCUGGAUCUGAACGUAAUCGCCAACACGCUGGCCAGUGCGGAUUCGCUGAUCCAGCGGAUCAAGGCCCAGCAGGUGGAGAACGAGGGCCUGAAGGAGAAGAUCAGCUCGCUGCGGAGUUCCGCCCUGCAAAUCAAGCAGCUGUACGAGGCGGAAGUGGGCAAGAAUCAGGGCAUCGUCCAACGGGGGGAGGAUUAUGUAAGGAAGGUGCAGGAACUGGAGGGACGGGUUGCCGCGGCCGAGAAUGCCAGGGUCAAUGCCGAACUGCAGGGCAAGGAAACGGUGGCUGAGCUGGAGAGGAAGGCCGAACACUGGAUGGGAAGGUACGAUGGGUUGGCCAUGGAUAUGGUGCGGAAUUGCUGUCUGCUGGCGGACAACGGAUUACUUCCGGCGGAACAGCUGGGGAAGUACCGGGAUUGGAAGUGCCAUGUGCAAGGGAUGGUCCAAGACGGGAAGGAAGUCCCCGAGGAUGUGCUGAGCUGCUUGAGCAAGAAGCGAUCCUCGUCGUCCUUGGCGCGGAAGAAGCGCAAAUCGGAGGCGGAAUGCCGGGAUCAAGGGACGAUGACUGCUGGCCCCUCGUACUGUUCCAUUGGGGUCAAUGCCGUGGAAGAGAAACCUCGCUCAGCCGAUUCUUCAACGAGUACGGAAGGUUUGGAACCAGCUAAAACGCAAUACUCGAUCACGGAUGAUGUCUUCCCGGUAGAACCACAGCCUAAGAAAGUCUUCGCCGACAAGAGCACGAUGUAUUCCAGUUCCACGGUGACCCGUUCCACCUGCACUUCGGCCUUCAUCAAGCGAGUAGACGUGGGGGUAAACUUCCCCGAAGUGGUUCCCAAGUCCAUUAGCGAAAUCCUCCGCGAGUGCGUCAUCGAGCUUCCCUCGCUACUGUCUCCCAUCCUGGACGAGAUUCCGAUCCGGAAAGAAUCAGCCUCCACCCAAACGGAUUCCGCAGACAAACCUCCCCUCGUCACAACCGGUACCAACACCACCUUGCGCAACAUUCGUCGGAAGGUGGAUUACGUGCGGAAAGCGGACGGUCUCCUCGUUAACAACCUCCUGUCCUUCAUCAAGAAAGAGGAAAGCAUUUCCCCUGUGGGUUCCCUCCAGAACCUCCCCGCAGCCGUUUUCCAAAGCGACCCAUCCGAUGUCAACCCGCAACUAACCCACAUCUGGGGUCUACUGGGGGAGACCAUGUUCCGCCUGUUGGGUACCGGACGGAUGUUCGACAGCCAAUGCUAUAGCAUAAUCAACGAAAGGAUAGCCAUGAUCAACAGUCUGAUCGAGUCGGAGAGUCGCCGAGGAACGGCCAUGAUGAGCGAGGUGUUUGCGGCGGCGGCUACGAUGGCGUCGGAUAAAGCGGGUGAAGUUGGCGCGAAGAAGCGUGCUGUUGUUGGGGGGGAACCGGUGGUCAGUCGGGGGAAGAGCAUGGACGAGUACGAGGAGGAUGCCGUGGGAAUGCAUGAGGAAGAUGACUCUAACGGGCCGUGGGAAAGUCAACCACCGCUGCCCGAUGAAGAGGUGGAGCCACAGGAAGAUGAUGUAGUCAGGGAUGAAGAAACUCAGACGGAAGUGAUACCAUCCGGCAGUCAAAUUAGUGUGGCCGUGGUCGAAGGUGCGAUGAAUACGGAGGAAUCUUCAGCGAUGGCUGCGGCAGCAGAUGAUGUGCCUGAAGCGACGUCAUCAGCUUCAGUUUCCAACAAAACCAAAGAACAAGACGAAAGUCCUUCGUCGCCAAAACCCCCACGUGAGUCACCGAUCCCCGAUGAAGUAUCCCCGGAAGCACCAUCUCCCCAAAACGACGAAUCCGUUGACUUUUGUUCUCUCAUGGAAUCCGGCAGUGGCGCCGUCGAAAUCUGUGCGAACAGUUCCGCAACGAAAGACGCUGAUGAACAACUGCCACAGCUGCAGGAUGAAGAACCGGACGAGAUUGCGAACGAGUUGCGCCAGAUGGAGGAAGGCGUUGCGAAGGAGCCGGAGCUGGAUCGACUUCAACCGUGUCUGAUUCGCGUGCGGGACAUAGAACAGGUGGAAACGAAGCACUAUCUGGAUGUGGUCUGUGAGGAGGAAUCCACGCAUACCACGGACGAUGAGAGUGAUCUUCAUAUGACGAUCGUGGAGACGUCUCCAAAUCGGUUGUCCGUCAGCUCUAGUUGUACUUCGAUAGGAAGCAACGGAACGCUGAUUUCGCCCAUCAAGGUCAAAGAGACCAACGAGUUAGUCAAGGACCAGUUCAAAACGCCUACUAGUCCCGCGAUCAGCAAGCGGAAACUCAGGGAGCGCACGGAGGGAGGCCCAUCCAAGCGAGGGAGAUUGUCUCCGACAACGGAAUCUUUGCUGGAGGACGACUGGGAUCACAAGUUCUCCCGGAUAAAGAACUAUUUCACGCUGCCGUCGGGUUUGAAUCCAAUCAAGGAUGGUUCGGGUGGGUCGCGGACUACGCAGGAGUACUUCGAGUUGGACGAACUGUGGGGCGAUGAGGAUGAUGAUGGAGAUGAGGGAGAGGAGAAGAAGGGCGAAUUUGGUAUGCCUUGUGAGCAACUAUUGCAACCACUGCGGCUCGAGACGAGCUCGGCGGUAAACGUGGCGGUUAGCGAUUCUCCUGAAUCUCCCACUGAAGAACCUUCAGCAACAUCCAUCUCAAGUUGGGAUGGAUUCAAAAGGCCUCUCAACGUUGACGUCACCCGGCCUACAGUUCCUCCGUCAACACUCAGCAAUACUCCUGCUUCACCCGAUGCUGCCUCUGCAUUUUUGGACGAUUCUCCAAUGUCGCCAAUAGCUGACGAAGAACCCCGUAGUCCCCGCUGCUUCAGCGAACUAGAGUCCCCCAUGUCUCCGCCUCCCGAAAGCCGAUCAACCAUAUACACGGAACCGGUGGAACCGCGAAACAUUCCUCUGGAAAAUCCGCUAGCGAGCCGGAUACUAACCGAAGCAUCCACUCCAAUGGGAAAGGCCAUUGCCUGCUACAAGAGGGAAAGGCGCGCUGAAGUCCUGAACAAAAUUACUCCGAAUGCGUGUAAGAAGGAGAAGAAGCUGAUCCAAGAGCUGGUCAGUGUGAUAAUGGCUUAUGUGAAGGACGAAUGGACGGCGGAAAAUGUGGACAUCCGAAGUAAAGAGUUGCUCAAUGUUUCAGGAGAUACCAGGGUGAUCGCUCAAGCGAUAGUAGAUUGUAUUAUGUCCCUUACGGAGGAUCUGGUGAUCGAUGUUCAGUGUUCCCCACCUGCUCCUCCAUUACCGAAGGCCACGCAAAAAGUGGUUCUGCUGGCAAAAACGCUUAAUGAGGUGUUGUUCACGCUAGACAGGAUACUCCUUCAAGAAGUGGAUCGCCGGGUGUUCAAUCUCAAGUCGGAUAAAACCGACCUGGCAGCGAUCACUGCACUGACCUAUCUCUACGUAGGAAUAGCCGACUGCAAUCGACUCUACGGUUGCACUGCCAGGAUGUACAUCUACAAGUGUCUCUACUACUUCAACUACAAAGGUCUACCCCUGAUCUAUUACGUACUGAAGGCCUUCCCGCAUGCACUGCCAAAGAAGGCCAGCGCCUUUUUCGAUAAUUCCGAUGCGAUGGUCAGCACCAUCCGCACAGUUCUCAUGAACAUCAACUACAUGGAGAAAAGUACUCACCCCGAAGCUGCCCUGUACAAAAAGUGCGAACUGCAGAAACUACUCAAAUACUUCUACGGCUAUCAGCACGGGUCUCCGACGUAUGCCGAGCUCAUCACCAACCUGAUCGAGAAGAUCAAAGCUAACAAGCUGAAAAAUGUCGACUACUGUCUGAUUCUGGUGGCCAAACGCCAGGGAUACGAGUGGGCCAAGCGGCACAUUGUCCAGAAGCACCUCUACCCCCUACUCAACGACUACCUCAAGCGGAUCGAAACCGUUCAGGGGACGCACGACGAUCAGAUCCGGUGUCUGAUAUUCUGCAUCUCGGCCAUCCUCAAAACCCAGCCCAACUACGAGGACGUGACGGGUGUGAUGCAGAUCUUCGGCAGCAUCAUCCAGCGGACGGACGGCAACCAAAGGCUGCAGGAAGCGGCCGUCGCUGGGUUGAUGCGGUUUACCCGGUUCGAUUACGCCGACAUCUACGAGUGGUUGUGCAAGUGGCGCCCCUCGUAUGAGGUUAGCGGCCGAAUCAAGCUAAUGCUGGCCACGUUCGUCCACCGGAAGGACGAACGCUUCUGGAAGCAACUCGGCCAGCGGAAGUUCGUGUAGUCUCUGUGAUCUGGUGGGAAUUGUUGUAAAAAACCGGUUAUUUAUUUUCGAAGGCCGAACUCCUUCUCGCUUCGUAGUAAUAAUAGUAAGCUUAGUAGUUUUCCGUUGUUUCUUUAGAUGUAAGCGAAUCAAGAGUUAGGUUUAAGUAGAUUGCGUGAUCCUCUAUUUUCAAAGAAUGUGGAAUGUUUGGAAGCAAUCGGGCGAAUUACGGGUGCUUUGCGUUGAACUGUACAUAGCUGCAAAGCACUCAAAUCGCUGCAAAUAAAACUAAACUGAAAAUUUAAAAA